AUCGAGGAAGGCAUGGCAGGCAAAUAAGGAAGGUAUUCCUAGCAAAGGAACCAGCAUAUGCAAAGGGAAGGUCCAGGUAAGGAACCUGAGGGACUGGCCUAUGAGGAAACGCAGGAGUCUCCAGGGCCAGGGGUCUCCACCUCCCGGUUAAGGUCUGUUGGUGAACAGCCAUUGAAUGUGUUAACACUGCAAAGUGAUGUGGCCAUAUUGUGGUUAGCGAGAGCCCCCAGCUGCCACUAAGGUGGCCUCUGGGGUGGAGAAAGAGGCUGCCACUAGUUCUCUGGAGUGGUGUUUGCAGGCAGUGAGUCCAAAGAGGACAAAUUAGGUGACACACCAGGCAGUCAGGCAGGUCCUAACCCAAUAUGGGCUGGGCCUCAUGAGUUCACCUGGGGGCAGCACUUGGGCUGGACAGUGCGAGGCCCCCUUAGCCGACUCCGCAGAGCCAGCAGAGGGGAGGAAGGGGCACUCCCGUGGAUGCCUGCUGUCAAGGACCAAGGCUGCCCACGAGGGGAUGCCAGCGGGGGGUGGGGGUCCAACAGUGUGGCCACAUGGUGGCAGCAGAGAACCAACUGUUGACCCCUAAACGGGUGGCCCGGUGAUCUAGGAGCUCCUCCCAGCCCCCAGAAGUCUCUCUGGACGUCCAGAGGCAGGUGGGAGAACCCCUGACUUGGUGCCGAGCAGACAGUGUUGUUUCAGUUUUGUCCUGCAUGUCUUCAGACAGGGUGACUGUGGAACACAGGGUCUGUGACACAAUGUGGAUGGGUUCGUUCAUUUCCGGGCCAAUUCCUGUUAGAGAAGGGACUGCCUCUCACAUAGCCUCUGGCGGGGCGUGCACGCAGUGCUGGGUGUGGCUGUCCGCCUGCUGUUUCCUCUCCCAGUUGCCAGGUGCUUGAGGGGCACCAGUCUGCAAGGGGAGGGGGUCCAGUGCAAGGUAUGGGGAAGUGGUGUCAGGGAUCCAGAGGGCACCGUGCUGGGGUGGGUGUAGCACAGGGCCUGUGGGACCCAUGGAAUGGACCUGGCACCACCCGGGGCGGAAAGGCUUCCUGGGGGAGGCGCCGUGUAAGCUGUGAGAGGAGGAGGAGGGGAAAGCGGUGCCCCAGGAAGGAGGAACAAAGAGCACAGGCUAGGCGGGGCAAUAGGGGAGGUACAGCUCCCAGGGUCGGGCUGAGUCCUGUUGGGCUGAGGACUCUGUCCCGCACCUCCUUGUCCCCCAGAGCCACGAGCCCCAUGGUACAGUCCCUCCAUCCUCAGCCCAGAGCUAUCCUGUGAAGCUUCCCCUCCCUCAGGGUCCACGCCCACCUAGCUAAAGGGGCUAUCAGGCUGAGGAUGCCCCCUAGGGCACCCCUCAGUGUUAGGGGGCACUAGUUACCCAGGAGCGGCCACUGAAGUCCAGAUGAGAGAGGGCAAGAGCAGAUAGGUUGCGUCCCCUAUCCCGCCCUCCACAUGUCACAGCCUGGAGAGAGAAGGCCAGGCAGCCACCUAGUUACAACUACAUCCCCAUUCAGGGUCAGGGAGUCUGAGGCCCAGCAUGGCUGACAGCAGUUUAGUGGUGCCCGGAGAGCCAAGGCCCGUUUUCCCCCAUCUGGGGCCCUGGGGGCAGGGGCAGAGGCAGAACGGAAGGACAGCACUGCGUGGGUAUUACCCCCGUUCUGCAGCCUCUACCUUCUGAGGCAGGUGGUGGGGCCAGAGCCAGGCCCGGCCUCCCCAUCAGCUGCCUCUCCUCCGACUACUGUGCAGCCAGAAGGGCCGGCCCCAUCUUAUAACUCCUUCCGCCCCAGACACCAUCCUGUCCCUGACGGCCCAGGGCAGACCCCUGCCCACAGCAGGGGCGCCAGUCCUGGGGUCCCCAAACAUCUCCCCUCCUCGUCCGCACGCUCCUGGACUCUGUUUUCUCACGGUGGGUCCCCCUGGCCCUGCCCGGGCCUGCAUCUGAGGGUGUUGCUGAAUACAGGCCCCAAAGGCAGAAUCACCCAGGCGGCCCGCCCCCUCGUCGUGGCCCAGGCUGUGGUGGGGGCGGGAUGGGGCAGCUCAGACCUGCUCCGCAACCCCCGCGCCCGCGCGCAGGCCUCCCGGGGACGGUGCCCCAGAGAAGGGGCCGGGCGGGCUUCCGGAGGCGGGGCGGCGGGGCGGGGCCGCCCUCUCGCUCCCCGCGCCAGUCCGGGCCGCGGCUGGGCGGCAGGGAGGACGGCCUGUUGGCUCCCCGCCGGGUGUGCAGCGCGCCCGGUGCUUGGCCCGAGGGCGGGGCGGGCGGGAGGCGGCCUGUGGGCCCCGGGGACCGGCUCCGGGCGCGGGCCCCAAUGGAGCCGUCGGCGCCGCCGCUGCUCGUGCUGCUCGCGGUGGCCGCUGCGACCGAGUCCUGGCAGUGCCCGCGCAUCCCCUACGCCGCCUCCCGCGACUUUGACGUGCAGUACACGCUGCCCAGCUUCUCCGCCGGCGGCCCGGUGCAGGCCGUGGCCACCUACGAGGGCGGCGGCGACGGGAGCGCCGUGUUCGUGGGCACGCGCAACCGUCUGCACGUGCUCGGCGCCAGCCUGCAGCCCGUCGAGAGCCUGACCACCGGCCCUGCCGGGGACCCUCGCUGCCAGACCUGUGCGGCCUGCGGCCCGGGCCCCCACGGCCCUGCGGGGGACACGGACGCGGUGGUGCUGGCGCUGGAGCCGGCGCUACCCGCGCUCAUCAGCUGUGGCUCCAGCCUGCACGGCCGCUGCUUCCUGCACGAGCUGGAGCCCCGCGGACCCGCAGUGCACCUGGCGCCGCCAGCCUGCCUCUUCUCGGCGCACGGCAACUGGCCCGACUACUGCCCCGACUGCGUGGCCAGCCCUCUGGGCACCCUGGUGACGGUGGUCGAGCAGGGACACGCCUCCUACCUGUACUCGGCCUCCUCGCUGGACGCGGUGGUGGCUGCGACCUUCAGCCCCCGUUCGGUGUCGGUCCGGCGCCUCAAGGCCGACGUCUCGGGCUUCGCGGCCGGCUUCGCCUCGCUGUCGGUGCGGCCCGCGCUCCUGGCGUCCUACCGCAUCGAGUACGUGUACAGCUUCCAGGCCGGAGCCUUCGUGUACCUCCUGGCGCUGCAGCCGGCCCGCGUGGACGCCCCCGGCGCCCCGCACACGCGCCUGGCCCGGCUCAGCGCCACCGACGCGGGGCUGGCCGACUACCGCGAGCUGGUCCUCGACUGCCGCUUUGAGCCCAAACGCCGGCGGCGCGGGGCCCACGAGGGCGGGCAGCCCUACCCCGUGCUGCGCGCGGCCCACGCGGCCCCGGUGGGCGCGGGGCUGGCCGCGGAGCUGAGCAUCGCCGAGGGCCAGGACGUGCUGUUCGGGGCCUUCGAAGCCAGCAGAGAGAGCAGCACGGCUGUGGGCCCCCACUCUGUCGUCUGCGCCUUCCCCGUCAAGCUGCUGGACACUGUCAUCGAGCAGGGAGAGGAGCGCUGUUGCGACCCGCCGGUGCCCCCGGGCCUGCGGCGAGGCCUCGACUUCUUCCAGGAGCACAGUUUUUGUCCCAACCCGCCUGGCCUGGAGGGCCCCAGCCCCAACGCAAGCUGCCGCCACUUCCCUCUGCUGGUCAGCAGCAGCCUCUCACGUGUGGACCUAUUCAAUGGGCGGCUAGAGGCAGUGCAGGUCACUGCACUGCACGUGACACGCCUUGGCAAUGUCACGGUGGCCCACAUGGGCACGGCCGAUGGCCGCAUCCUGCAGGUGGAGGUGGCCAGGUCUCUCAACUACUUGCUGUAUGUGUCCAACUUCUCACUGGGCAGCAAUGGGCAGCCUGUGCAACGGGAUGUCCGUCGCCUUGGGGACCAUCUGCUCUUUGCCUCUGGGGAACAGGUCUUCCAGGUACCUAUCCAGGGCCCUGGCUGCCGCCACUUCCUCACCUGUGAGCGUUGUCUACGGGCACAGCGUUUCAUGGGCUGUGGCUGGUGUGGGGACAUGUGUGGCCGGCAGAAGGAGUGUCCUGGCUCCUGGCAGCAGGACCACUGCCCCCCUGAAUUUACCAAGUUCCACCCCACCAGCGGACCUCUAAGGGGCAGCACGAGGCUGACCCUGUGCGGCUCUAACUUCUACCUGCACCCCAAUGGUCUGGUCCCCGAGGGCACUCACCGGGUCACUGUGGGCCAAAGUCCCUGCCAGCUGCUGCGCAAGGACAGCUCCAACAUCAGCUCCAUGCCCCGGAAGGACUAUGUAGAGGAGCUUGAAUGUGAGCUGGAGCCCCAGGAUGCCCAGACAGCUGGGCCUGCCAACAUCAGUCUCAUCGUGACCAACAUGCCCCCAGGCAAGCACUUCCGGGUAGAUGGCAUCUCCAUACAGCAAGGCUUCUCUUUCAUGGAGCCCAGGCUGACAGCAGUACAGCCCCUCUUUGGCCCACGGGCAGGGGGCACUCGCCUCACCCUGGAAGGCCAGGGCCUGGCUGUAGGCAACAACCGGACUGUGCUGGUCAACGGGACUGAGUGCAGGCUGCAGGGGGUCAGCGACGGACAGCUUUUCUGUACCACACCCCCCGGGGCAGCUCCGGCCAGUGUUCCCAUUCACCUGCAGGUAGGGGGCGCCAUGGUGCCUGGCUCCUGGACCUUCCACUACCGAGAGGACCCGGUUGUGCUGGGCAUCAGCCCCAACUGUGGCUACACAGGCUCCCAUGUCACCAUCCGUGGCCUGCAUCUGACAUCAGUGUGGUACCUCAAUCUGUCCUUCCAUGACGGGCUCCGGGCAGUGGAAAGCAGGUGUAUGGAGCAGCUCCCGGAGCAGCUUCGGUGCCGCCUGCCUGAAUACGUGGUCCGAGGCUCCCAGGGGUGGGUGCCAGGGAACCUGAGUGCCUGGGGGGACGGAGCGGCUGGCUUCACGCUGCCGGGCUUUCGCUUCCUGCCCCCACCCCACCCACCCAGCACUGACCUGGCCCCCCUGAAGCCUGAAGAGAAUGCCAUUAAGUUCGAGUACAUCGGGCUGGGCGCUGUGGCUGACUGCGUGGAUGUGAACGUGACCGUGGGCGGUACGAGCUGCCAGCACGAGCUCCGGGGGGAUGUGGUCGUCUGCCCCCUGUCUGCCUCCCUGCAGCUUGGCAUGGACGGCGCUCUGCUGCAGGUCUGCGUGGAUGGUGGAUGUCACUUGCUGGGCAGGGUGGCACGGCUGGGCUCCGAGGGGGUCCCGCAGAAGACACUCCUGGGCAUCCUGCUGUCCCUGCUCUUGCUUGUGGCUAUACUGGCCACCGUGCUGAUCCUCAACUCCCAGCGGAGGAAGCAGCUGGCCCUUCCCCUGAACCCCGAGCACCUGGCAUCGUUGGAGCAGACGGGAGCUGUGCCCCUGCCUGUCCUGGGCUCAGGCUCUGACUACAGAGGAGGCUUCGGUGAGCUGGUGGAGGUGCCGGAAGCUGGGGCCGUACCCUCUGCUGCACAAGCCCCUAACUCCUUCUCCACUGCAGCGCCUGGCACUGACGGGCCGGAUUCCACCCCUCGGGGCCACAAAGCAUGCUGCUCAGACAGUGGGGAUGGGGCCUGCGUCCCACUGCUGCAGACCGAGUCCACCCAGCUUGGGGACCUGGACCCUGCGCUCCUGGCUGAGGUCAAGGACGUGCUGAUUUCCCAUGAACGAGUGGUGACCCACAGUGACCAAGUCAUUGGCAAAGGCCACUUUGGGGUUGUCUACCACGGAGAAUACACAGACGAAGCUCAGAACCGAAUCCACUGUGCCAUCAAGUCACUGAGUCGCAUCACGGAACUGCAGGAGGUGGAGGCCUUCCUGCGUGAGGGGCUGCUCAUGCGUGGUCUGCACCACCCAAACGUGCUGGCCCUCGUCGGUAUUGUGCUGCCCCCUGAAGGGCUGCCCCUUGUGCUGCUGCCCUAUAUGCGCCACGGAGACCUGCUGCAUUUCAUCCGCUCGCCCCAGCGGAACCCCACAGUGAAGGACCUCGUCAGCUUCGGCCUGCAGGUGGCCCGCGGCAUGGAGUACCUAGCUGAACAGAAGUUUGUCCACAGGGACCUGGCUGCUCGGAACUGCAUGCUGGAUGGGUCAUUCACGGUCAAGGUGGCUGACUUCGGCCUGGCCCGCGACAUCCUGGACAAAGAGUACUACAGCGUCCGCCAGCACCGCCACGCUCGCCUGCCUGUCAAAUGGAUGGCGCUGGAGAGCCUGCAGACCUACAGGUUUACCACCAAGUCUGACGUGUGGUCAUUUGGUGUGCUGCUCUGGGAGCUGCUGACACGGGGUGCCCCACCAUACCCCCACAUCGACCCUUUUGACCUCGCUCACUUCCUGGCCCAGGGUCGCCGCCUGCCCCAGCCUGAGUACUGCCCCGAUGCUCUGUACGCAGUGAUGCAGCGCUGCUGGGCUGAGGACCCUGCGGUGCGACCCACGUUCAGAGUGCUGGCUGGGGAAGUGGAGCAUGUGGCCACUGCACUGUGCGGGGACCACUACGUGCAGCUGCCCGGGGCCUACGUGAACCUGGGCCCUGGUGCCUUAGACGAGGUGAACAUGCCCCUGCAGCCGUCCCUGCUCACACCCGAGCGCAGGAGCCCGGGGCAGCCCAGGCCCCUCUCAGAGCCACCGUGGCCCACGUGACUUCAGCCCUGGCAGGUGCUGGUGGCCCGACUACAUGCAGGCCAGGGAGUUGCCCUGAACUGGCCUCUGCCCCCAUCCCUGCCCCUUAUCCUCCAGGACCCGUGGGAGGGGAGCAGUGCCCUGCACAGAGGGGAUCUCCAAGGACAGUUCUCGAUGUAAAGAGUAUUUGGGGAGCACCUCUCGGUGCUCUGCCCACUGGACACAGGGGUCCCACUGUGAACCAGUAAAUGAACAGGUGAAUAUUCAA